UACAGUAGAAUGGAUGCCAUGUUAAUGAUGGAAAAUAUAUUCUAAAAUUGUGAUUAAGUUUAUAAUUAAAAAAAUAGUGUUCGAUUGUUAUCAGUCUGUAUAAAAUUUUGGAAGAAAAUGGCGACUCUAAUAAGAACUAUUUGGCGCGGGUAUGGUUUUAUCUUCGAAGAAUUAGCAGAUCCAAGAACAAAAUCAUGGUUUCUAGUGGCGAAGCCGUAUAAAGUUAUGUUUGUACUCGGGCUAUAUCUGUUGUUUGUUCUAAAAAUCGGACCGAAUUGGAUGAAAAACAGACAGCCAUACAAUAUCGAUAAACUUAUGAUAAUACAUAAUCUUGUGCAAGUUUUGGCAUGUGCUUAUGUCUUUUAUGAGGCCAUCAUAUACGCAUGGGGCUGGAAUUAUAGAUGGUUCUGCGAACCAAUAGAUUAUAGCAAUACUGAACAAGCGUUAAACGUGGCGGGAAUGGUUUACCACUACUACAUGCUGAAAUAUCUGGAUUUACUUGACACGAUAUUCUUCGUUCUACGAAAGAAGUUCAACCAAAUUUCAUUUCUCCAUGUUUACCACCACACAGGAAUGGUGAUACUGUCUUGGGGAGCAUCAACAUAUUUCCCAGGUGGCCACGGAACUCUUAUCGGCAUGGUGAACUCCUUCGUGCACGUAGUAAUGUAUACCUACUACCUCCUGACCGUCGCGAUGCCAAGUGUGAAACAGUCGUUGUGGUGGAAAAAACAUAUUACGCAAAUACAAAUUAUUCAGCUGGCCUGGUGCUGUUUCCAUAUGUUGUCCCUGGUCUUCAAGCAAGACUGCGGAUACCCACGCUGGCUAGCCAUUCCCUUCCUCCCUAACGAUUUGUUUAUGCUAACUUUAUUCGUGGACUUUUACAUACGUACCUAUAUAAAGAAACCAAAGGUCACACCUGUUCAGUCUGAAAGCAAAGAAAAGAUCUUUCAAGAGUCGAUCAUAAGGCAACAGACUGUGGUAGACAGUCAAAAAGAAUUAUGAUUUAAAUAAAUAUAUUUAAUUGAUACGGACAUUUUAAAUACUGUCUGUAUCAAUUCCAUCUGAUUAUUAAAAUCGGUCUAAUUGUUUCAACUAAAUACCGUAUAUAACUAAAGUACUACACGUCUCUUUUCCAGACCAGCCUAGAUAAUGUAACAGAAAGAGACGGAAGUAUACUUCAAUUAAAAGAGUAUUUAAGGAGAUAUUAUGAAAGAUUUCUGAAUAGUUAUUUGGCAUGAUAGAUUUUUAGCUGAAUUCUUUUUAGUUUAAGUUUAAGUUAUAUUCUUCUUCUAUUAUAUGUACGAAAAAAAUAAUAUAAUUAUUUUAUUUACAUUACUUUGUUAAUCUAACCUUUAUCUAAUGUAUAUGUCGCUGAAAACUAGCUUAAUUAGCCGUUUAAUUAACAGCCUUGCCGUUUGACUAGCGGCCUGAAAGACGGUCAGCCAGUUAAUCGAACAGUUAGACAAUUGACUUGAAUCAAUGACGUUUCAUUACUUGCCUAGCCUGUUGACGGUUAAUUUAAAUUUAAUUCCACGUUCAAACUCGUAACGAAACUCUUAACUUCUAACUGUCAUUAUGGCGUCGGUAAACCACAACUUUAAUGGUGUUUUCCAAUGUUUCAUGAAAAACGACAAGUAAAAUGGAAGAGUGUAGUGACAAUAAUAAUGUGAAUUUGACUUAAGCAAAUUAAUUUUAAAAUAAAUAUUUUGUAUUGUCAUGUUUCAUCUUGUUUAUUUAUGCCAAAUUAUUUAUGUAUCGUACGAAUGGCCUUAACGUUAGCCAGUCCGUUUAUUAAAUGUUGUAACAAACGCUACGGCUGAAUAUGUUUCAGGCCGUUAGUUAAACGGCUUCGUUUAGUUAAAAGGCUAGACUGUUAAUUGUACGGCUAAUUAAGGUAGUUGAUUGCGACAUUUACGUGUUGUAAUGUAUGGCUUGUAUUGGUUCUUAGUUAUUUUUCAAAAACUUAUGUAAUAAAUAAUCAAUGGAAAUCAAUCAAGUCUCAUUUAUUUAUUAUUUUAUUUUUGGUUAGUCACGCACCCGCUUGUUGA